UGCUAGGCGAGAGGCUGCUCCAGCCCGGGGAGGGAGGGCUCCAGCCCGCCUGGCAGAGCCGCCCGCCGCAGCCCGCUGCCCCACAGGAAGGGUGGGGGCAAACAAGUCGUGGCUCCCAAAACUCCCCAGAGCGACGCGGCUGCCGUACAUGGAGGAAAGGAUGCACGGGAGGGCUGGCUCGCUUAACCCUGCCCGGCUGCUGCGGAGAGAAAGGCUGGGCUUGGUGUUUACAUCAAGCGCGGCCCGGCAAGGCUAUGCGGACGCCUCCGGGGGCCGCCCCCCCUAGCCCGGGGCGCCCGGCAGCGCUGCCCUUACCCUGGUUGCGGAUGGCUUGCUGGCUCUCCAAGCAGUUGGGCAGCCUCCUGGACAGCAGCUCCUCAGCAUGCAUCCCGGGGGCGGCGGCUGGACAGCCUCCGGUGGCAUCUUACACGAUAUCCCCGGACGGUGCUCCAGGCGACACGGCGGGUUUCGGGUCGGCCCGGGCAGCGAGGGAUGCCAUGAUUUCGGCGGUGCGGGACCGGCAAGGAGCCCCAGGGAGGGCUGCAGAGCCCGGCGAGAGGUGGCGGUACCUGCCACAGCCAGGAGUCUGCUGGGACUCGGGGCAGAGGCGAGCCCGCAGCCUCCCCCUCGGGAGACGCUCUCACCAAAUGCGACAAGAGGGAUUCUGCCGUCAUCCUUCCAAACUACUAAUUAAUAAUCACCCGGGCGGGGGGAUGGGGGAGGGUUGCUCCUACAGGCACGCGUGGGACAGCUCCUGGGAGCUGCGCCCCGAUGCAGUGUCCUCGCAAAGGCAGAGUGUGCGGGAAAAGCACCGCAACCCGCGGGCCCUUGCGCAUCUUCUUCGUCCGCUAUUUAAACCCGCGGAACGGAAAGCGUCUCCAGCAGCGCGCAGCCUCCUGGCCGCCUCCCCCCCCCUCUGCAGCUGCGGGAACCAGGGAAACGCCACGAACGUUUAUCUGCCGCUGGGAAGACCGAACCCGUUGUCUUCCCGGUGACAAUAUAUACUUCGAUAUUUCCUUGCCUCCGCGGCACUGAAAGUUACGGCAAGCAUCGCCAAUCUUGAAACCCUGUUUUAAAAUUCGCAGGGUGAAUGGUACAACAAAAUAAAUUAAAAUAGCUCGUUAUUUGAGUAGCCAAAUAUAAUUUCACUUUCUCUUUAAGCUCUUUAACCAAAACCGUCCGUGUUUUUUUAUUAGUGAAAUUACUUUAAUUUUCACAAACUGUCCUCAGAGAACCCCGUUUUAAAAUCUCUCUUUCGAUGCGUAAAUUUAUUUGUUACAGAAACCUACAUGUAACGUAAGAGCGAAAGAUUUGUUGAUUAUUUUUGUCGAUAUUAAAGAUCGUCUAAGUUUA